ACUUGAGUGUUCAGCCAUGCCUCGUCAGCCCAAGAGAAAGAUUAUCGUACCCGCAAGCAUACGCCAGUAUCGCGUUCUCCAGAAGAUUGGCUUCGGCUCCUUUGGCGACAUCCUGCUGGCCGAGCACGAGAAGAGUGGGGAGCGCGUCGCCCUCAAGCUGGAAGAGAAUACUAUAGUUCGGCCGCAGCUGCUGUUCGAGUACAAUCUGUACAAGAUGCUGAUGCCUGCCGUUGGGGUGCCGCGCGUCUAUAACUUCUUUCAGGAGGCCAAGUACAAUGUGAUGGUCAUGGAGCUGCUGGGGCCGUCGCUGGAGGAUUUGUUCAACUUCUGCUCGCGUCGCUUCACACUGAAGACGGUGCUGAUGCUGGCGCUGCAGAUGAUCGAGCGCAUCGAGCAUGUGCAUCUGAAGAGCUUUCUCCAUCGCGACAUUAAGCCCGAUAACUUUACCGUCGGCACCGACAACAAUACCGUGCAUCUUAUUGACUUUGGCCUGGCGAAGCGCUACUACGAUGCGGAGGAGCACGCGCACAUACCUUUCAAGUGGGGCAACCGAAUGACGGGCACGGCUCGCUACGCCUCCAUCCAUGCGCUCAUGGGCUUCGAGAUCGGCCGUCGCGACGACAUGGAGUCCCUGGGCUAUAUGCUGAUGUACUUUCUGCGCGGCAACCUGCCCUGGCAGGGAAUGACGGCGCCGGCCCAUCAGAAGUACGAGAUACUGGCCGAGCGGAAGCAGUCCACCAAGCUGGCGGAAUUGUGCAAGGGCUUCCCCGAUGAGUUCGCCGCGUAUCUGAUCUAUUGCCGCAAGGUGCGAUUCGAGAAGCAGCCCAACUAUCUGGGCUUGCGUCGCAGCUUUAGUGAUCUCUUCACUCGCCUCAGAUAUGUUCACGAUGGCGACUAUGACUGGUGCAAACUGAAGGGUUACGCCAAUAUCAAGAUUCCUGCUAUCGAGAGUGCCGACAUCAGCAACACAGGAGAAGAGGCAGAAGAAGAAGAAGCAAAGCAUAGAAGGCAGCCCAAUUGUUAGAAAUAAAAUCCUUUC